GCAUAAAUUUGGGCAAUAGUUAUUUCUUUUUCAAAUCAUUUAUUGCCCUUUACUUUUCAACAAUCGUUGCCGAAUCACUAAUAUCAGUAUAAUUAUAAGUUUAUAACAAGCAUUGCUCUGAUUUUUGUUUUCCCCCGACAAUUUUGAACGGAAUAGUUAUAAUAUGUACGUAUAUGUCUACAUUGCGGCCAAUUAAUGACUCACACAACGCCAUCGCUUUUGAUUUUUUAUUUAAUUGUAAGUUGCGGCAGGACCGGACCCUUUGCACAUUAAAAAAAUAAUUAAAAAAAUCUUUAUACAUUCUGAUCGCCAUUUUCUUUCUUUGGCUCUAACUAGUUCCUCCUUCGUCUUCUUUCUUGCUCCCUGUGGCCACUGCUUUCAGACCUAGUCCCGCCUGCACUUAUCAAGUUUCAAUCUUUUGGCUGCUAUUUCUAUUUUGGCACAUCGGCUCCUGAUCUAAGUCUUCAGUAUUUUUAUCCCAGAUCAAAUUUUUUAGCACUUUCUAGCGUCUCUUAUGCUUUACUUCAGACCAUUCACAGAAAAGGCUAUACUUUCUUUUGGGUUCACACAGUUCCUGGAUUUGUCUUAUCAGAGUUUAUAAAAUGGUUCGUGUUUGAGAUGCAGAAAGCAGAUAGCAGAUACCAGAUGCUUUUUGUAAUGUUCGAAAGUGAAGAUUAGACAGCUAGGAAGAGUGGAUGCAAACCCAAAGCUUAUGAAAGUGACUACUACCCAGAGAAUCACCACUGAACUAGUUUCAAUAGUUUUGCUUGAUGAUAUCUGCUUGAGAUAUUUAGUAGAUCUCGUCAAAGGUACUUUGGACGAUGGGCAGAGGCAGAGGAAAGGGGAAGAAGCAGACCGUUACUUCUAAGCAGGAGGAACCCGGAAGCGGUGAAGAGGAAAGAAUUCCUGCCUACAGAAGAAGAGGAAGGCCACAGAAGCCAUUGAAGGAUGAGAUUGAAGAAGUAGAAACAACUGAAAAGAUUGGAGAAAAUGGUGAAAACUUGAACGGUAAUGUUUCCAGCAAUGAGAUGAAAACUCAGCUUGUCCCAGAAAAUAAGAAGAAAAGGAAGAGGUCCGUACAGAUCAAAGAAAAAAUAGAUACCACAAAAGAAGAGAAUGGCAUCAGAACCAAUAAGUCAAGCUCAGAUGUUCCAACAAAGACUGCUGGGUUCCGACAAAAUGGAAGCAGGCGGAAAAACAAACCUCGCCGUGCUGCUGAAGCCGGAGUAGACUGCAAGUGAGGUUUUCGGCCUCCGUGGAGAUUUUUUUUUUUUUUGAUGAAAAUGGAUUCAGUCAAUCCUAGAAGACUUCAUGUAGUGGUUUAUGGCUAUUCGUUUCAUAUGUUGUGACUUUUGUAUGCUAUUCCUUUAAAUGGGUUGUUUUCUCUGAGCUUUCUAAGCUUCAUAUUGCCUUAUGUAGUACUUGUAUCUACAUUGUAUCUCUAUAGAAACUUUUCAAAGUCUAUAGAAUUCCUUUGAUCACGAAGUAGUUCAAUUA